AUAAUUAACGUUUACUAACGUUUAAAUUACUGUAGUUAAUUAGGGAAAAGUUUAGGUAUAUGGGUGAUUGGGUGAUAAUGAAAGUAGAUGUAUCAUUGAUAAAAGUCGAAACCUCGAGUACAUCUUUUGAUAACUUCAAAAAAAAAAAAAAAAAAACUUAUACAGACAUACACUACAAACUGCAUUUACGUUCUCCCUGAGUUCCUUCGACCUCCGCCACUGCAACUGCUGUGUAGAUUGUACUUCUGCAUUCAUUAUUGAGAUUUUUUUACCAAGUGUUGACUAGCUUCGGCAUAUUCGAAGGCAAAACAUGGGUUAUACCAAGGAGCAGCUCCUGGAUCGGUUGAAGGAACUUCAAAUUGAAUUUGAGAAAUAUGAGCAUCCUGUGGUUCUAACGGUGGAAGCGGCACUGAAAUAUCUUGCUAAUGUAGAUGGAGCAUUUUGCAAAAAUUUGUUUCUGAAGGACAAAAAACAUAGAUAUUACAUAAUUUCUGCCCUAGCAGAAACCAAAGUAGACAUGAAAGUUUUAUCUGUGAGGCUUGGUUUGGGCAAGGGAGGCUUAAGAAUGGCGCCUGAAGAAGCCUUAGGUGAAGUACUUCAGGUGCCACUGGGUUGUGUAACUCCAUUUGCAGUAGUGAAUGAAUCUGCAAGGCACGUCUCGUUGUUAUUGGAUCAAGGUUUGAGAACUCAGAGGCACAUUAUGUUCCACCCAUUAUCUAAUGACAUGUCUAUAGCUCUUUCUACUGAUGACCUGGACAAGUUUCUGAAAUCACUAGGAAGAGAACCUGCAUAUGUUGAUCUCGAGGCCAAUCCUCCUGUUGGCAAGGACCAACCUCCUGAUUUGGCUGCGUUUGCACCGUCUAAUGCCAUUGCUGUGCCUGAAGCUGCUGCAAAAUCAGCCUCCACAGAACCUGCUCCCCAGAAAAGUCAAUCAGCAAAUAGUGACCUUGUCACAGGCAAAGCUGUAAAGAAGCCUGCCGUGGAGAAAAUUGUAAAGAACAAGCCGGCAAAAGGUAAAACUGCAAACGCAGCUGCAUCAACACCUUUUUCUAAUCCCCAGUUUUUCGUGGAUGAAAUAUUGGAUAGAACUUCUGCUCUAAUACUUUCUGAGAUUAACAAGGAGACAAUAUCAAUGCACGGAGAACAGCUUGGAGCUGUAGCAUCUGACAAUAUCCGAAAAUGUCUUUCCUCAGAGCUGAGCCACCUAGCUAUGCUUUAUAAGAGUACGGCUUAUACAGAAGGAUUUCAUGCUGGCUCUCAUCGUCAUGAAUCUCAGUUAUGAAGAGAGUUUGCUUAUAUUGCUUGAAGGAGAGGAUUUUACAUCAGCUGGCAGCUAUUACUGUUAGAUCUUUAAUUAAUUGCUCUGCUGGGAAUCUGUCUGAUUCAUACUAUUCUCAUUUAUUACAAUUUUUUGGAGAAUUCAUGUAAAAUGCAUUAUAUCACUCUUUAAAAAGGUAUUUUAUGAAUGACAAUAAUUAGUCUUAUA